AUGAUUGAUUCAGAUGAGGAUAAACUUUUUGAAGAUAAUGAGAAUGAUAAUUAUGAGAAUAAAAAAAAUGUGAAUAUGGUUUUAAAGAAUGAAGAGGAAAUUGAUCCAUUAGAUGAAUUUAUGGUAGAAAUAAAUAAAGUUAUUGAAGAAGAAAAAAAAAAAGUAGAAUUAAAAGAAAAAAUUAAUAGUAAUUGUGAAGGGGAAUAUAAAAAAAAUAACAAUGAGAAAUAUUUAAGUGAAAAUAACAAAAAAAUUACAUACUUUAAUUCAACAAAUAAUAAUGAAAAUAAUGACGAUGAUAAUAGUUUAGAUGAUAAUGAUGCAACAGCAGAUAUAUAUGAAUUCAUUGAAAAAAAGAAAAAUGAAGAAAGAAAUGAUAAUGAUAAUGUAAAUGACAAUGAAAAUAAAUAUAAUGAUGAUUUUUAUUUUCUUCACUUUGAAAAAAAUAAUAACAAGGAAGAAGAAAAAAUUAUAGAUAACUUAAACUAUGAUGAAGUUGAAUUGGAAGAUUUUAGUAAAGACAUCUUUAUUACUGAUGAAAAAAUAAGUAAUUUUACCUUAGAAGAAAGUGUUGAAUAUAAAAAAAAAAAUAAUAUUAUAACUAUUGGUUUUAAUGUACCAAAGCCAAUAUUUUCGUUUUUACAGUUAAAAAAUCUAAUAGAUAAAGAAAUAUUAGAAAAUAUUUAUAAUAAAUCAAUAAGUAUUUUAUCACCAGUUCAAAGUAUAGUCAUACCAAUUUUUUUAAGUGGUAGAGAUUUUAUAGCAAAAAGUAGAACCGGAUCAGGAAAAACUCUAUCUUAUGUUAUCUCUUUAAUUAUUCACUUGUUAAACCAUAAAAAAAAAGAACAAAAAAAUAAUGAAGGAAGUGUAAAAAAAAGAAAAAAUUAUAUAUAUCCACACGCAUUAAUAUUAACACCUACGAGAGAAUUAUGUGUACAAAUUUUUGAUGAAAUGAACAAGAUAUCUAUGAAUAGAUUAAAAUCAUGCAUGUUAUUUAAUGGAAUUAAUUAUAAAAAAGCAUACGAUGAUAUUCAAAAAGGGAUAGAUAUUAUUAUAGCAAAUGUCAAAACAUUAAUUAAUUUUGUAAAUAAAAAAUAUCUUUCUUUGAUAAACAUUAAGUAUGUCAUUUUAGAUGAAUUUGAUAAAUUAUUUUCAAAACAAUUCAUCCAUUCAGUUAUAUCUAUUUUGAAAAAUAUUAGAAAUGAUGCUUUGAAAGGUUUAUUUUCAUCGACAUUUUCGGAUAAUAUGAUUGAAGUGAUUAGGCCCUUUCUUAAUAAAAAAUUUAUUAUAACCAAAAUAGGUGAUAAUAAUUCUCUAAUAGAUGAAAAGUUUUAUAUUGUUGAUGAAAAUCUUAAAUAUGAAUACUUGUUAACGAAUAUAGAAAAGUGUUUAAGUACAGGACAAGGAUUUAUUUUUUGUAAUAGCAAAAAAAAUGUUAUUAAAUUAUAUGAAAAGUUGAAAAAAGAAUUUUCUUUAAAAAAUAUCUCAUUUGAUUAUAUUCAUGGUGACAUUGAUCAAACAGAGAGAAUAUAUAAAUUUGAAAGUUUAAAAAAAAAAAAAACACAAAUUUUAAUUAGUACUGAUUUAAUGUCUAGAGGAAUUGAUAUAGUCGAUUUAAACUUUGUAAUUAAUUUUGAUUGUCCUCAUGAUAUUUUUAUUUAUAUUCAUAGGAUAGGUAGAUGUUCCAGAGUAAAUAACAAAGGACAGGCAAUUACAUUUAUAUUACCUUCGGAAAAAAAAAUUGCUUUUCUUAUUUAUAAUCAUUUGAAAACAAAAAAUGCAAUUAUAGAUGAGGAAUUAGAAAAUUUUAUAUUGAAAAAUAAUUUGAAUAAUAAUUAUGAAAUGAAAAAUUUAAAAAGGAAAAUUAAUAAUACAUUUUUGAAUUUUCAAUUCAAAAAAAUGGUUUCUACUGAGAAUAAACCAAACUCAAAUGAACUUACAUUUAAAAAAGUAACAUUACCAAGAAAUGAAAGCUCUUUGCCAAAAAAUUUAAAAGUAAUUACACCAAAUGAUGUUUUAACAUCUUCUGAUGACGAAAACUAA